AUGGGAGCUGCCCGCAAGCUGAAGUCCCACCGUAGAAGACAAAGGUGGGCUGAUAAGUCAUACAAGAAGUCUCAUCUUGGCAAUGAAUGGAAGAAGCCUUUCGCAGGUUCAUCCCAUGCGAAGGGAAUUGUCCUCGAAAAGAUAGGUAUUGAGGCUAAGCAGCCCAACUCUGCCAUUCGUAAAUGUGCAAGGGUUCAACUCAUAAAAAAUGGGAAGAAGAUUGCUGCUUUUGUGCCAAACGAUGGUUGUUUAAACUACAUUGAAGAAAAUGAUGAAGUUUUGAUCGCUGGAUUUGGACGAAAAGGUCACGCCGUGGGUGAUAUUCCUGGUGUUAGAUUUAAGGUUGUAAAGGUUUCUGGAGUGUCUCUCCUGGCUCUUUUUAAGGAGAAGAAGGAGAAGCCAAGGUCAUAA